AGUCCUGUCCUUUUGCUUUCAGUCAAUUUAUUCGGCUCCACGGACACAUCACUCGGACACGUUCACUGACUGAUAAAAGGAGAUUUCCCUUUGUUCUUAAAAAUGAUCGUCAUAUUUCUGCUUUCAUGUGCCACUAUGAUCGUAACUGCAGUGCCGGUUAGUCCAAAUGCCCAUCCUCUGCAGCAGUCACAAAAAGUGGUCAGUCAUACAGAUCAGCCUGCUGAUGCCACAAUCAAGACAUUUGAGGCCCAGAUGGGCCCCCUUCCUCCCAGUUUGGAGCAAACGCAGCCUGGAAAUCCUCAGAUGCAGCAGCAGCAGCAGCAGCAACAGCAGCAACAGCAGCAGCAGCAGCCGGAUCAACAGGCCAACCCUCAGCAGUCAUUACAGCAGCAACUGUUGUUUCCACAAGGGGGCAGUCCAAUGAUGAUCCCACUUCCGCAGAGUGUUGGUGGAUUUCUACCCCCUAACCAGCUGACUUAUGCACAGCAGCCCCUGAUUUUCCCAUCUUAUGGAUUCAUGCCUAUAUUUCCCUCACCCUACAGCAAUCAGCUGUUCUCCCCUUAUGGAUUCCCGAAGGUUUCUGAGUCUCCCCUCCCUCAAACUCCAACAAAUCAGCUCACGAAUGGCCCUGUGCUGCCAGCAGAUAAUGCUGCAGGGGCAGCCGCGCCCGCCGGAGCUGCAGCCCAACAAAUACAGCAGCAGAACCCCCCGAUCGUGUACAUGCUCCAGCAACCCAUGAAUCCCUCACUCGGAGGUCUUAGCUCGGAGGAACUCGAGACUGCAGCUAAAAUGAGCCAGCUGGGCAUGUACGUGCCCACCAUGCUUGGAAACCUUCCUGCCGGAGCGGGAGCUGUCCAGGCACAGAGCCAGGCUGCUGGGCUCGCAAACCCGGACCAGAGGGCCGCAGGGCAAACUGUGGGGACCUCAGCCACUGGAGCCCAACCAUUGCAAAGCCUGCCUUGUGCCGCAUCCCAGCCCAAUGCUAACAGCUCGCCUGCGGGUCUGAAGGGCGCAGUGCCGCAAGCUCCCACCGUCCAAGCGUCGGCUCAACACAAACUACUACCCACACAGAGAAACCUUGCUUAAAACGGCCAGCAACUACUAAACCUACUUAUGAUAUAUCAAAAUAUCAACUUACUAUUGCUGCUAAAUCAUAGGCUAGCAUUUUGUCAAUAGGGUGUCUUUAGAGUAUUAACGACCAUCAUGUUUUUUUUGCCUUUAGUGUAGUUUUGAAAUAAACAGUGUCAAAUAAAGAAAACAAUCAAAGACA